CUUCUUCCUUUUUUAUCUGUACGACUCUCCGUAUAUACAAUAAGAGAUUGGAUUUGACACAUAAUAAACUUAUGUUUGAGCCAUUAGUGUAUAAUAGUAGCAGAUCUGUUAAAUAAUGUUUAGUUGUCCUCCAUUACUCAUGUAUUUCUAAAGCAUUAUAUACAGUAUUUGUCUGUGAUCACAGAAUAACCUUAUUUUUCAUGUGUAAGUAUGUCUUGGGACCACACAUGAGCAGAUGUGCUAUAGGAAGAAGAAAGUAUUGUGAUACGUGUGUAUUUGAAAUGCUUCACCCUGUGUGCCAGGCCCAUGCCCCCAGACAGUGUCUGAUAGUACUCACCCUCUACUUUGACCUACUGUAAUUCUCAGUGGGUGGAUAAUUUUAUUACUAGUCACUUAGUAAUAGGUGUGGCUGAAAGGUAGAGUAAAUGUUUAAAUCUUAAAAAUUACUACAGUAAAAGAUAAAUUGCUAUUAUUUUUCUCAAGUACUCUGCCUUGCUUUGAACACACCUAUGCUGUCAUUCAUGACACUUUCUGAAGCAGUCUGGAAGUCUUCUUUUAUGUGUGUUUUUGGUUGCAUUGAUGUCCUUACUAGAUUCAAAAUGUUUACUUUUCAUGGUGCCAGAUCUGGUGAAUAAGGUGGAUGAAUACCACACCAUAUGUUUAUAUGAGCUUGUCUGAUGGCACUUGGUAGCAGCAUUCACCGUGUGUGUGUGUAUUUUUUUUUUUUUUUUUACAAAACAUGAUUUCCAGAACUGCUUCAGAAUAUGACAAGAAAAAUAAGAUCCAUGUGAUGGACCCAUGAGGGAGUAAGUUGAGGGUGUUAAUGGCAUUGUCUUUUACUGUAAAAAUUUCAAAAAAUUUAAACACUUAUUGUAUAUUUUGAUCAUCCCUUUUAAAUUCUGAUUAUAAAGAGUAGUAUUCUUCUGGGAAGAUAAUGUGUAGCCUGUUAACUGGUGAUUUCGUACUGUAUAUAUUUUUUUCUAGAAAUACUGUAUUAUUUGUACCCUUUUACUGCAUUGGUUUUUUUAUGUCCUUUUCUUUUUUUUUCUUCUCUCUUUAAAUUAAAAAAAAAGUGAGGGAAAGAAAGUGCUCUAAAGGAUACAAUUGCAAGUGUGUUUAGGUGUGUUAAAUAGAUGACCAUAUUAAUGUUUUUGAUUGGAUCAUUGAACACAACUGUUUGCAGUCUCACUGUUUGAAUGUCCACUUUGUAUGCUUUAAUCCUGUGACUUGAACAACUAUCUCUAAGAUGAUAAUGUGUAAUCUAUUAAAUGAGGAUUUCUUACUGUUAAAAAAAAAAGAGUAGUGUUCCAUUCCACCCCUUGGUACCACAGGCAUUAUAUUAUUUAGUAUUACUAAAUACUAGGAAAGAGGAAGGCUGUGAUACUGUUCUUUCUUACACAGAGAAAAAUUCUUUGGAGGUUUUUGUUUUUAAUUAGUGUAAGAGUUUUUAAUUUGCUGUUUCCAGAGUUUACCUUGUAUAAAUGAUAUCAACAAUAAUUUGAAAGUUAGAGAAGCAAGGUAUUGAUUUAGAAGAGUUUUAAGGAAUAAUAGCAGAGAAACCUUGUGGUUUUUUUGGUCUAUGUACAUGUGUUGGAGAAAUGCUUUUUUUUCUUAUUUUUGGAAAUUUGAAAGGUGACAGUCCCAUUAUGUAUAAAAACUUAUUGUUAAGUUACAUUUUGUGAUGUUUGUAUUAGGAAAUGGUAGUAGAGUUUGACUUAUUUCUCAUAUUGAACUCCAGUCUUGCGUUUGGAGAAUCUGUGUGGAAUGAAGUAGUUAAAUAUAGCUCUUUCAGUAGCCUUGAAUAAUUUUCUGGGGUCAGCUUUCCUGGUUUUUCUUUGAUCUGAUUAUUUCUUUACAUUCCUAAAAAUCACCAAAGGACCCUGAAGAGCUUUUGUUUAGGUGAGCUAUAUCUAUUAAUGUGUACCACAUUGUUCUAACAGAAAAAUUUAAGAUUUUUUUUGUAAAUUUGUUUUUUAAAAACUAACAAGACUAUUAUAUAUUAAUAUAAACAUCUUAAAAUUUAAAAACUAUGUUUUUAAAAACAGAAAAAGUUGGAGAGAAGAAUGACAUUAUUUAUAGUUUUUCCACAUCUCUCUAGUGACAGGCAUAAUGAGAUUCUGGUGUGCCCUUCCACACCCAGUCUGUCAUAUUCCUCAAGAAAGUCCUUUUGUGCUCCUGUGAGCAAUGGCAGGAGACAAGUGGCCUAUCCCUGCUGUUACUGUGACGUGAGGUUGACCCUGAGGAGCCCUUGAAGAGGUCUUAGGGAGCUUCUUAUUAUUAUCUGAGUCUUGGUUUUUCUUUCAUUUAUUAUAGAGGAACAAUAUUUACCUUGUAGCUGUUAUAAAAUGAGAAGAGGGAAAAAUGUGUCAAUUUAGUGCUCUGUGUAUGCCACUCAUCAGAAGUGCACCUGCUUUCUACUUUGUUUAACUGUGCAAAAUGGUUUAGAUACUUUGCCUUAGAUGUUUUUCUUAAUUUGUAAUGAUGUUGGUCAUUUAAUAGGAUAGUUCCUUUGUAUCAGAUAUUAAUAAGUAUAUUAAAAGUACAUAAAUAAAAAUCGUUUUUAUACUUCUUCUUUCAGGUAUAGAAUAAAAAAACCAGUAGUGUUUGAGGGGAAAAUGCUGUCUUGCUGCUGUUAUAACUGUGCAAUGGGAAAAAAAAUCAUUACACUUAAGUCAAGUGAUUUGAUUUUUUAAGCUUUUUUUUUCUGGAGCAGUCUUUACAUCAAUGUAUUUCUUUCAGUACAUCAUGUAUUUAUAGAAAGAUUAAAAGCCACAUUGUGAAAUACUAAUAUUGAGCUAUUUGAAUAGCAACAUUUAAAUAAAUAUUGUAUCUGAGUUCCAAAGUAUUUGAUACUUUGAGAAGAGAGAAUUCAAUUGUUGCAUCUUUUAGGAACAGGGAAUAGAAAAUGGCAUUUUUCAAAAAUUUUCAGCAGAAUCUGCCUUCAGUAUCCUUCCUGGUGGACACAAUCAGUAGUGCCGUAGAAGACUUGACCACUGCCGUUGGGGAGGUCAGCUAUGUCUUAACUGACUCAGUUGCUGAGCAGGUGACAAGUCUGAUAAAUGGCCUUCGCCCAGAAGAGGAAAGCAUGGCAGCAGGGGCAGCUGCAGACACUUCUAAGUCAGAAGAUGCCUUGUUACAAGAUGUUUCCAAAAACACUGCUUAUCAGAGCACACAGUCCAGUGCAGAACACAGAGCAAAGUCAAUGCAUUGUUACAAGACUUCAGCUUCACCAGAGCAGGGACAAGGAACACGUGAAGGAGGAUGGCUUACACAUACUAUUGAUGGGCAGCAAACUCUAUCAGGAUGCCAAGAAAUCAGUGAUGCUGGUGAUUCUUUGAAAAGCCACAUGAAUACUGGUGGAAUAUUAUCACUAAACAAGCAGAAUCCAAGGGCUGAAGCAAUUUGUCAUGACCUUGAAAGUACUGACAGAUAUAAAACAGUUGGUCUAGAAAUCUCCAGUAAUGGUAAGGAUGAUAUAAAGGAAGUGAGACACCAAGGAAUGACAGGAAAUCGGAAUACCACCCGUGGAAUAGACAUACUUUAUGAGCAAAAGGAUAAUCACAAAAUAGAAUCUCAACAUGUGCUUGUGGGAGGAGACCAGGAGAAAAUGGAGCAUUUCAGUAAAAAUAAAAAUCUUGAUGUAGGGCAUUCUGGUCAUUUAAAGAAAUCUGAAAAACAAAUCAAAAGUAAAGGGAGUAAGUGUUUGGGAAAUGAAUGUUCUUCAAAAGAUGUUUUGACAAGCAAGAGAAAUGGGCUACAAAAAUCCAUUAUGAAAGAAGACGUAUCCCUGGCACUAUCAGCUGAUUCUAAAGAGAAGUUUCCUGGAAAAAUAAGAGGAUGGAUAAGUCCACCAACAGUCUACAAAGUAAGACGAGACAUACAAACAAACCAGAAUGAAGCCAGUUCCUCCAGGAAAGGGACAGCAAAGAGUAAAGUUGAAAAAUAUUCUAAAAUAAUACCAGAAGAAGACAAUUCCUACCUGGACAGAGAUGAGCAUGGUUCGUCCUCUGAGAGUGAAGAUGAGGCUUUGGGUAAAUACCAUGAAGCUUUAUCCAGAACACACAGUUCUAGACUGCCAUUGGCAGAUGCUAGACAAAAGAACUAUGCUUGGGAAACAAGACAAAAAUACAGUCCUUUGUCUGCAGAAUAUGAUGGAUACAGUAGUGAAGCGUCGAUAGAUGAAGGAAACUGCAUUCAGAGAAUGAGAAGAACACCCCCUCUGGACGAGCUGCAGCCGCCGCCGUACCAGGACGACAGUGGGUCUCCCCAUCUCUCGUGCACACCCUCAGAGAUUGGGGACAGUAAAUGUGAGUUUUCCCACUGCAGCAACAGUCCAAGAUGCUCAUAUAACAAGUGCCCAAGUGAAGGAAGCACAGGUCAUGAAGUAGAAAGUUUCCAUAAUAAAGGAUAUGAAGAGGAUGUUCCGAGUGACAGCACUGCGGUCCUGAGCCCUGAGGAUAUGUCAGCUCAAGGAUCAUCUUCACAGCUUCCUAAACCUUUUGAUCCUGAGCCAGAAGCUAAAUAUGGCACCCUGGAUGUGACUUUUGACUAUGAUUCACAAGAACAGAAGCUUUUGGUAACAGUGACAGCUGUCACAGACAUCCCAGCACAUAACAGGGCAGGUGGCAACUCAUGGCAAGUACACCUUGUUCUUCUACCUAUAAAGAAACAGAGAGCAAAAACCAGCAUCCAGAGAGGACCGUGCCCUGUCUUCACAGAAACAUUCAAGUUUAAUCAUGUCGAAUCUGAGAUGAUCGGAAAUUAUGCAGUUCGCUUUAGACUAUAUGGUGUACAUCGCAUGAAAAAAGAAAAGAUUGUGGGGGAAAAGAUUUUUUACUUAACCAAACUGAAUCUUCAAGGGAAAAUGUCAUUACCUGUGAUAUUGGAACCUUCUUACAAUCAUUCUGGCUGUGACUCCCAAGUGAGCGCAUCAGAGAUGUCCUGCACCGAGAGCAUGUCCUCUUGUCAAUCUCUGGAACAUGGCUCGGUUCCGGAGAUUCUCGUUGGCCUGCUUUACAACGCCACUACAGGAAGAUUAUCAGCAGAAGUGAUAAAAGGCAGCCACUUCAAAAACCUGGCAGCAAAUAGACCACCCAAUACGUAUGUUAAGUUAACACUGCUGAAUUCAAUGGGUCAAGAGAUGUCCAAAUGCAAGACAUCCAUCCGCAGAGGACAGCCGAAUCCAGUGUAUAAGGAAACUUUCGUAUUCCAAGUGGCUCUUUUCCAGCUGUCUGAUGUGACGCUUAUCCUGUCCGUAUAUAACAAACGCAGCAUGAAAAGAAAAGAGAUGAUAGGCUGGAUCUCUCUAGGUCUGAACAGUUCUGGGGAAGAGGAACUCAGUCACUGGACUGAAAUGAAGGAGUCUAAAGGACAGCAAGUCUGCAGAUGGCAUGCGCUGCUGGAGUCCUGAUGGCUGGUCCCCCCAGGCAGCACUGUGGGCAGUUACAGCACUGCUGUGUUCACCUGGUCACCACUAGAAGAGUUUGUUCUUUGAAGAGUCAAAUCCAACAUUCUACCAAACCCUUUAAAUUGGAAUCAACUACUGAUGUGAAUCAAUGGUCUGGGUGUGGUAGAGUUUAUCUGACCAGCUGGGAAACAGUACAUUAUUGUUGUUAAACUAACUGUCCUCCAGAGAUUUAAUAACACACUUUUGAUUUGAAGUUACUUUUACGCCAGCAAUUUCGUGGGAGCUUAUGUGAUUUUAGUUAUAAAACUAAUUUAAUAUCACUUUUCAUAGUGUCCAUGAACAUAUUUUGACUGGCAGGUCCCUGGUGUUUAUAAUGGAAAGGAGAUAGCCAUGCUAUCUGAUGGUAGAGGGUUUUGAUUACAUUGAAAAUAGUUUUUAUUUCUGAUUAAUUCGUUCUGUACCCUCAGUUUCAUUGUGCCUCAGUUCUUUUCCAUAGCACUAAAUCUCAGUGGAAGCAAACACCAUUUUCAUAAAUGAAUUUUUAAGAGUUUUUUUAAAGUUUAUUUCUUCCUUUGCUUCUGCUUUUUUCCAAAGAAACCUGUCAAGUCCUGGUCCCUUGCAAACCUUUUGACCAGGUACUGUAGACCUAUGGAACUUUCUGUUGAAAGCACUUUCUGUGUAUUUGGAUUCCAACGUAGGAAGCCAGUAGAGAAGUACUUUGAUUUAGGAUUUCUUCCAUGAUUGACUCUUUACAAUUGUAGUAAUAUGGAAAAUUUUUUUAACAAACUGGAAAAUACAGUAGAUAAACUGUUGAAAAUUGAAAACAAUUAAAGUUAAACAACCUGUAUCUGAUCUGAGUAGUAAUCAACACUGCAUAAUCCAAAUUAAGAAGCUCUUCUGUCUCUAAAUUUUCACUGAAUUGAAGAAUUUAUAUUGUGAUUGUUAAGACUCUCCGGCUCUCAGUUUGAGCCCCAAAAUCAAGUUAGUAGCAGUUUUGAGAUUCCUUAUGACGUUUCUAGUGAUUUGUGACUAGAUUUUAUGAACUUUACAAAUAACGUUCUUUAACGUGAUGUCAUCCUGUGCCUUUCAUGUGUGUGAGAUUUGCUCAUACAGCUUGGAAGUUGUAUUUGCAAAAUUAGGCCUUCGAUUUUUAUAAAUGUAAAGGUUCCUCAGAACAGUGUCACAAGAUCUUUAGUUUCUCUAACGUAUGCAAUUGUAUAAUGUACAAUUUUUUUAAUGGCAAGGCACUUUCAUUUGUUAUUUUUAUAUUUAGGAACUAAUUAAUCAGGAAUAUUAUAAGCUAUUUUCUUUUUAAUUUUGCUUCUUAACUAUUAUAUAAUUUUAUGCAAAUACUUUAUUAAAUAGUGUUUUAUAUGUACGAAAGCAUUUUCUUUUUUGCAUUUCUAGUUACACUAGACAAAAAUGCACUACUUACCAAUUACUAAAAAGUAAUGUAUCAUUUUUCCUAGUCCCAUUUAAGUACUAUAUAUUGUUGCAAGCUAGAACUUGUUAUUGUCAUAAUAACAAAACCAAGCAUAGAUAUUAUUACUUCAGCUUGGCUAUACUUAAAGGCCUUAAAAGAAUCCAGAAAGACCAUUAACUCCUAUAUUAGUUUAACAAAACUAAUUAACUCCUAUUUACUUUAACAAAAGACAGUUCUGUGUCUUCAUACACAUCAGUUAUAAGGAAAAAUGCAAAUGGGUAUCAUGAACCUUAAGAAUGUAUGCUCCAUAAUUGCAUUAAAGGGAAAAAUUUAUCCUUCAUUGUUUUAUCAAUGAGGUUUUUCUAGUUUUUUUUUUUUAUUAAUGAGUUGGCUUACAGAAAACAUGAAUUGAAUGAUAAAAUACCUCACUUAAGUAUAAAAGGGGUCAUAGAUUUUACUGGGAAAUUGGAUUUAGGCACUUCAUGAUACAGUUUUUUUUUUUUUCCUGUCUUUAAAACAACACUCUCUGUUGCUAACAGCUAGUAUCUUCCUAACCAAAAGAAUUACCAGUCUUAUUUGUAGCUGUAACAAAACUUAAUCAAGUACAUUAUUAAGACCAGGUUGGUGCUUUCACCAUUAGUGAGAAAAAGACUUAACUAUUGUUGUUAAAUCUGCCUUUCUCAGACUAUGCCUAGAAUUGUGUGUGUGAUUUGGUAUAUCCUUAGGGGUUCAUCUGAUGUAAGUAUGAAAUCUUACAUACCCUAAAAAAAAUCAACUGUUUAAAAAAAUUUCAGGAAACAUCCUCCUUACUCCCAACCCUAAAGUCCUCCAAGAUUAUAAAUGCUGUGUGUGUGUCUGUUGUCAUAUGAGUAGUUGUGUUUUACACACAACAUGUAUAUCCAUGUCUGUGUAUAUGACAGGGAUAUAUAAAGGCUUUUCAGGUAACUAAGUAGAAAAACAUUUGUCAAGUUUAUGGAUCAUGUUUCUCCUAUCAUAUGAUAACUAGGUAUUAUUAUUAUUUUGGGGGAGUACCAGGGAUUGAACUCUGUCCUCACGUUUGCCAGGCAGGUGCUUAUGCCUCUGCACUAAGUCCCUAGCCCGAUAACAAGAUUUUAUAUUUGGUUUUGGGUGCUAUUUGCUUCCAUUUUCCUCCAUACACAGCAAAAUGCACAUUUUCUUUUCCUCCUGUGGGUUGAAACAACUUAGAGUAAUCUAUACCAAAAAAAAAAAUCAUCUUUUUUUUAAUCUUUAGAAAAAGAUUAAAUAAGGUUCAGGAGACUGCUCCACUCUCCUUAAUCUAGUAGAAGACAAUGCUGGUGUUUUUGUGUGCUUGAAUUCACAUGAAGGCUUAAAGGCAAAACCUUAUAUCUCAGUACUUCUGCUAAAUAGAGGCCCACUGGUAGCAGGUAUUGACUCAGAAACUUGAGAAAAACAGCUCCUUUUCUUAUUGUUCUGCUAAAGUCCACUCAGUUUUAUAAUCGAAUGAGAUGAUCCAGAUAUGGCAGCCUGCUGGCAUUAGUGGAGGCCUGAAAUUGGACCCUCCUAAAUGAACUGCAGCAUGAGGUGUUCAUUACUGCCUGAGGAACAGAGUGAAUUUCAAAUCAGUAAGGAAGUUUUUAAUGUAAUAUUAUCCUACCUUGCAGAAGUUUGCUUCUCUAAUCUUGUCCUCAAUUAACAUCCACAUUUUGUUAGAGAUCCAUUUGCAUGUUAUCUUACUAUGCAUUCAGUGAAUUCUCAGUAGUGUAUUUACUGAGAAAAAAUAUCAAAUUGGACCACGACUUAAAAAAGAGAAGCCAAUGAAAAAUAUCUAAACUACCCUGAUUAAUCUACACAUUAUAACCUCUGGCCUAGAAGGACAGCAUUAUCCAGCUUAUGCAGAUGUUAAAUCAUUGACUUCGCUUCGUGGAAUCCAGCACCAGUGGGGGCAGAGAGAAUAGAAUGAAGAGUGUCCUCCAAAUGAAGGUAGGUGGGGAGACCAAAUGAACCACAAUGAAGUCAUUUCAGAUGAACUGAAAAAUAGGUGAGCUUUUCGAAAUAUAAAUCUUAGAAGAGAACAGUAAUGGCCAACAAAUGUUUUUAAGGUUCCUGUUCAGAUAUGAAUACAAAUAUAAGUCUGUUUGCAUAAAGUUACUAUUUACCUACAUAGACUGUACAGUUUAUAGGGAAAUUCACAUUGACAGUUGUUAGUCACAAGUUUCCCUUUUUAUUUUCUUUCCAGUUACUGGCCGUAGUUCACCUGUGGAACUAGUCGUCAGUAUCAUCAUGAACCAAAUUUAUUUUUGAGCACAAGUUUGAGCGUGCUGCAAAGCAUUUUCUAAAACAAAUAUUAAAACAUUAACUAUGCCCUUCAAAAUGCAUAACAAGGGUAGUAUAUCAGUUAUAACAUGCAGGGGAUUUUGCUCAGUGGCAUAAGCGCCUGCUUUGUAAGCAAGUGGUUGUGAGUUCGAUCCCUGGUACUAACCAAAAAACAAAAAACAAAACAAAAAAACAGUUAUACUGAAUGUCAGAGAGAAAAAGCAAGAUGAGAUUUUCGUGCUUGCCAGGCAGGUGCUUGUGCCACUGAGUUAUCUCCCCAGCGAAAAUUCUUCUUCUCAGAACACAAAUAGUACUUUUGCAUCAUAUAUUGUAAUGAUUUUUAUUUUUAAAGAUUUGAAGGUAAUUCAACCUUCAGAUAUACUUACAUUCUGAGAGUAAAGAUUUAGAGGUUAUUCACACCCUAUUGGAGUAUAUUUACAUUCUGAAAGCAUAUUAAUCAAUUUGUUCUGCUUUUUUUUUUUUUUUUACAAUUUUUGCAAACACAAGGUAUUUUAAUUGUAGCUGGCCAUCUCUGGCCUGCAGAGUGGACACCUGUCUCUCCGGGGCCACAUUGCACGCAGUUGGGGGUGCGGAAGGAGACUGGCCUUCCUCUGUGCUCUCUGAAGCUCACAUUUCUUCUGUUAGGGUUCACUAAGAUUCGGCAGGAAUUGCAGCCAGGUUUGUUACAUAAAAAAACUCUUCCCCUGUGCAGCAGUAAAUGCGUCAUCCUGUUCUCUGUAUCUGCUCACAGUAAGCACAUAAUACUAAGCUAAAUUCUUUAUGGAAGAAAGCUGUAAUGCUGUUGUGUAAGUUCCACUGUGUAUGAGCCUUGUUUUAUGCCUAGGUUUAUUUUCCCUUCAUUUAACACAUACUUGUAUGUGUUAGGAACACCACGUAUGCACCAUGUGCAGACUAAGGUAUUAUAAAGAUUGCAGAUGUGGAGAGGCUGAACUGGAUGAAGUCUUGGCCCUUAUGCUCUGAGGCAGUGAGGAGACUCAGAGUGGUGUGACUGCACUGUAACGUGAACGAGAUGUUAAGACAGGUGUGCAUGGGGCACUGAUGGGUUCAUUAGAAAAGUAUGACAUGGAGUGCAGAAAAAUCUUCCUGGAGAAAAUAACACCUGGGUUGGGACUUAACUAAUGAAUAUGGGUUAGACUCCCAUCGAACUCCAGGAUAAAAUACAAUAUAGUAGUUCCCAAAAAAGGGUAAGUUCAAAACUUAUUUUGAGUCCUUCAUUAUAGAAUCUGCAAAGAUUCUAUUUGGUCUGAAAGAAAGGCCAAGAAUCCAGAAUUUUUUAAAGCUCCCUGCCCAGGAAAUCUUGUCUGAGAUGAGCUAGCACAGUUUAGUACAUAGAAUCAUUGAUAGUAAUGUUUUGAUACUCACAAGUUAAGAUUUUAAGUGUGUUAGUGAUAAAAGAAUUAAGACUAAGGUUAGUGAUACUGAUCAUUUUCUUGCGCUUCUUUUAAAAGAAAUUUAGUGGAAAAAUUAAGAGUUCCUAUUCAUUUACAUUCAAGGUACCUUUUUAAAAUGUUUCUUGAUAUAAUAAAUAUAUUGUGGGUUUUAUGAUUUCUGAACAUUUUUCCAUUCAAACAUUUCCCACUAGAUUGUCUUUACAGUGCUAGAUAGAAGGCUGAGUCUGAGGGACUUUCUAAGUUGUGUUCUCUGUAAUGAUUCUAGGUAAAAUUAGACCGACCUUUACGCACGGCACGUGGCAGUCACUGCCUUGGUAGGUGCCGAGGUUUGAUGCGGGAUAAAGCAAGCCUUCUUUCUUCUCCUUUUCCUCCUGAGCAGGCUUCUUUGUCUCACACCAGUAGUCCAGCUGUGGCCCUGGAUUCUUCCUUGGGAGCAGCGUAGUUCUGCCUCUUUUGCUCUGGUCUCUGUGUCUUUGCUGGGUGUUCUUCUGUAUAGUCCUUUCUUUCAAAUAGCAGCUUGGUUAUAGGAGUUUCACUUUCUCUGCAAGUGAAGACUGUGGAUUUGUUCCUCUGAGUUUCUGUUCCCCCUCAUCUCAAGUGGGUCAUAGUUCCACCCCUGACAAAACACUGCAUCACGUUUGGAAAGCUCUCCCCCCCAACACACACACACACAAAGAUCUGUGAAAUACUGAAAAGUGAGUUUAUCUGUGCUUCUGAGGUAAUACUGCUGUGGAAUUAGACUGUUUUGUGACUGCUGAUGUAUCAGUCAGUGCUUGGUCCAAUCAUAGUUUGAUUAAUAAGUGAUAAGAGUUUGACAGGCUGGGUAAAUGGAUUGAUUUUAAAGAUGAGUGUUUUCUUCUCCUUAGACUGGUAUGCAUCUCCCCUUAGUGCGUGUGUGUUUGCUCUUACCUCCCAUUUUUCCUUAUUCUUACACAUUCACACUAGACACCAGCAGUGUGUACCUAGAGAAGAGUGAUCCUCUGACUCUUCCUUCUUAAUCACAUGGGUCAGAGAGGGGAUGGUUGACUGGACACUUCAGAGACCACAGCAAGAGCAGCCUCCAGCCCACGAAAGCUCAUGGUGCAUUCUGUGAUAGUGGUCAUCGUGGUGCACUUAUCUUAAAUAUUGCAUAGACUGGAGCAAAGAAAGAAACUGAUGAUCUAACUAAAAGCAAGCAUAAUUUUAUUACAGAAUUUCAACCUCUUAGUACAUCCAGAUGUCUAAAUAACCAUGAGAACAAAGUCCCUGCUGUGGCAAUAGCUGUGCAUGAUGUUUGAUGAGAUUUCAUUAUGAGGUUGAUGGUAUCUCACACUGUCUUAUUUUAGGGCCCUUCUUCAAGCUCUGGUUGUGUUAUUCUGAUUGUGAGUAAGCCUUGUUCAGUUCUUCCUAGUAUUUGAGUUUGUGUUUUAAAUAUUUAAGACUACUUUUAAAAAGAAAAGCCUUAACAGUUUUCUGUUGAUUUAUUUAACAUGUGAUCUUUCAUAUGCCAAUGGUGUUUAAAAGAAUACUAAGUAUAUAACACAUAAUAUUCCAUUAUUCACUGAAAAAAUUUUCUAAAAUGAUGUAUUAUGAUUUAUCAACUUUAAACAUUUUCAGAUGUCACUCUUAUUUUCAUAAAUUACACAGUUAAAUAUGACUUUUGUUUAAUAACAAUAUAGAAGUUUUCCCUUAUCUCCAAGAGUUGCUGUUUCUCUUUGCCACUCCCAUGUGCUUGAAGGGAGGUGUCUGUAGCCCUCUGAAAAGAUCUCUUGUUGGUCAGUUAAUAAGUGCACAUGCCCUUCCAGUUGGUAGCAUUGUCAGUAGCGCCUCAGCUAUCCCUCAAAGUAUUCAUCCUCAUUCCUCUUGGGAACCCGCAGGAGCAGGAAUGGACAAGUCCAGCAGAAGAAGGACCCCUGACUGCGGCAUGGGCUUGCGAGCCCUGCUGCUGGGGUGGCCCUCAGUACCUGCGUGACUUCCACUGGAGACACACUGGCCCUCGCUUGGACAAAGGAGCUGUGGCCAUUGUGUCCUCUUGUCUUCCUUUGAUCUUCCCACCCCAGCCCUCCCUAGCUAGGACAUUCUCUAGGUUACAUUUUGUGAGAAGGGUUUUAAAACCUUAAUUUUUCCGGUUUUACAUGCUUCUUUAACCAGGAAAUUUCAAAAAAUAGAAAUAUCAUAAAGUCCUAGGUGAGUUUGUUUGGAGAGUAGAUGUCUAUUUUGGGCAGUCUUUUUUGGAAGAAUGUCAGUGUUUGAGGAGAGACCAGGAGAGCAUUGGUACAUAAAUUGGCUUUAAGUAUAUUUGAACAAUUAUUUGAAGCACAGCUAGAAAUUAAUGGUGAUACUCCCAAAAGCAUUUUCAUAUCACAAACAUAACUUUAAGUUUACCAAGAGAAAAAUUCCAGUAGUAACUUGCAUUUUUGAAUUACUGUAUUUUUGCAUAAUUUAUUAAAAUAACCUUUGUUUUGUGAUGAACAUAAUAUAGUGGCAAUAGUUUUGAGGAAUCUUUAAAGCUGACAUAAAAGGACAGCCAAAUUUUGGCUAGUUUUUGCUAGAAUUUUGAAAUAAGAAAGUAUAUAUGUAUUACUUUUCAGUCACAUUAGUCUUGAAGAAUAGUUAUAGAAUUUUAAGAGUCUUGUAAAUGUUGCAAUCUAUUAUUUUUCUAAAACUCAAGAGGCUCAUUACUGCUCAAUAUUCUUGCAUUGUGCUUUAUUUCUCAAAAUAAUGUAAUUUUUAUGGGAAAAACUCAAUUAGUGGAAUCUUUUAUUCAGCAUUUCCUUAUUCUGUCUUUUCUCCCUUCUCUCCUAUACUUUCCCUUUCCUUCCUCUUUCUUUCAUUUUUCUGAGGCCAGAAGCUUCCUUAAUAGUAUAGUUUCUACAGAGCUUUCCUACUUAUUUUUGUAAUAAUGGAUAUAACAGUGCGAUGAAGUUUAAAUGCUCUGUGAGCAAAAUUCUAUCACACAACCUGUUGAAGUUUAUUGCUUUGAUCCGGAACUGUCUCUGACACAUUUGCUAGUGAUCCUCAACCAUUAAUGGACCUUCCUAACACAUAUGCGUGUCUGCGUGGUUAUCAACAGUGUUGUGUUAUUGUCACAUAUUAAUUUGCCUAUUUGGUCAAAAAUAUAAACAUGAGUUUGUGAAGCAGUCCAUUUUAUGGAGUGAGCAUAUAUCUGAUUGUUUUCAUGUAAUUGAAAUUGUGCUCUGUGUUGCAUUUUAUUCUCAUAACUACUUUUCUAUGAUCUGUACACCGAUUGUCUCGGUGCCUUUUUCCUUUUGUAUAAUUGUAUUACAGAAAGAAAUUGCUGACCUCUGUGUACACAAUGUAAAAAUGUUAAAACUACUAUUCUAAGGAGAUUUUAAUGGCUGUUUAAUUUUCCAGUGAAUAAAUUUUGUGUGAGUUAAAAAUA